GCAAACCUAGCAUCGCUACGGUAGCUCUCAGUCGCCAUUUCCAAUCCAUCUCUCGGCUGCCUCGGGCAUUUCCUCUCCUCUCCCACUCCCUUAACGCCAUCUUGGGUUCCGACGACAUCCCCGUCGACACCGCCGACGCCCCCGUCGUCACUUAUUCUUGCUCGCUCUCGCAGUUGUCCUCUAUCGCGGCCAGGUCAUAUUCUCUCUCCCGGCGAUUCCCGAUCCUCCGAUCCCCUCUCGUAGCCCCCUCGUCCGCUUCCUCCGAGCUAGGGUUCACCAAGCUUCAAUUGGGAGGAUAUCAACGAUUCCCCCGGCCUCCAUUAGGGCCUCGAGAGAACGAGUUCGGAGAGGCAACAUGAGCAAUCCGCAUAAUAAGAGCAACUGCCAGACUGUGGCUGUUUGAGCACGAGGAUUUUGAUACUCGGGGCAAUGGUAAUGACUUGAAACAAUAAUGAGUACAAAGGUUGAGUAUACAUCUAUUGCUGAACCUCCCAGAACUAAGAUGUCUGAAGCCACUGCUUCAUUGGUGACAUCAACAAGCACCCCGAAGGUCUCCUUGUUUGCUGCAAAGUCUGGAUUUGUUAUACCAAAGAAUAAAUUAUCAGGUUCACUGGUUCCUAUUUUUCAAAGAAAUAAAAAGCUGAUUGGCGGUGAUACGGCCAAAGAAGAAAGUCCCAAGCAGUCCCAGAGGAAAACAAAGUGGGGCCCUGACCUGACCCAAGAUGCCACUGUCAAAAAAGGAAGAGCCUUGGCUCUUCAGACUCGGGUGGACCAAAUAACACAGCAGCUUAGAUCAGGAAUUCUAGAGUUGUGUGAGAGUUUGGACUCCCCAUCAGUAUCGGAGCAGCUGAAGGGAAAAUCUUCCGGUCAUGUCCUUGACCGUGAGAAGUCAAAACAGUUGGAACUUGAAAGGCGGGAGGCUAUAGGUGAGAUUCUGAAGUUAAAUGCAAAUUACAAGGCCCCACCUGAUUAUAAACCCUUGCUGAAAGAGGACAGAGUUCCAAUUCCGGUUAAGGAAUUUCCUGGAUACAAUUUCAUCGGCUUGAUUUUCGGACCUGGAGGAGAUAAUCGGAAGAGACUUGAAAAGGAAACAGGAGCCAAAUUGCAAGUUUAUGGCAUUAAAGCAGGGAAGGAUAAGGCUGAAAUCAUUCCAGUAGACGGAAAUGAUUUUCAGGGAUCUUAUGAAGAGAUCUACAUUCAUGUCUCUGCCGACAUGUAUGACAAAGUUGAUGCAGCAGUUUCCGUCAUAGAGCUGCUAGUGACCUCUGUAUCAGGCAAUUUGGCCACUGCUUCUGCUCUCUCUACUGCUACUGGUGCUGACAAUCAAAACAUUCUUAGCGAACAGCAUGCAUCUAUCCCUGUGGGUUUGGCUCCUCAGGGAGCAGGGGAACCAUUCAUGGGAAGUUCUCGAGCUCCAUCUGAGGGUCAUUUCCAGUUCUCCAGUCCCUGGGCUUCAAUGCCUUCACCUUCUAUCUUUAAUCCUCCGAAUUCUUCCGCACUAGCCAAUAAUCUUCUGCACCAACCUUCCCCACCUUCAAGUCGUCCGAACUUGACUUUGCCGUUUGGUUCUCAGCCAGCUCUAGCUGGCACAAACUUACUCCCCCCUAACCAAUCAUCUCAGUUUAUGCAAAAUCCUUACAUGAAUCAUCCUCAUCCUCCAGAUAUUCGUCUUCCUCCAGGAAAUCAUGUCUUACCAGUUCUGCAGUCUUCCACAGCUCCAUUUCCUUCGGUUGCAAGACCGUCUAUGGCUCAGGGACCUCAUCCCAUGUUUCCGCAACCAAACAUUGCUUCCACGGGACCAAUCUCAAACACAUCAAUGGCCAAUACAAACCCAUCAUCUCUAAGCUUUGCAUCUGGGUCGCCCACUCUGAUCUCACCAGGUGGACCUCUAAAUCGUCCCAUCCCUCCUAAUUUUCCCUCUGCUGCGUCCUCAACUUCUCUGCCCAUACCAAUAAACAACAGCCCUCAAGGAAUGCCUACUCAUCGAGGGAACCCUCUAAACUCUUCCCUAGGACUCAGUCCUUCGCAACUUCCAUCUAGACCACCUCUACCCCCUUUUGAGUCGAGCCCAGGCCCCAAUUUCCCUCCCAUGAGAUCAUCAUCAGUGGCAGCACCCCAAAACCCGAAUUUCGGUGACUUCACUUUUCAACAUCAUCACCGCCCUCAAAUGCCGAGGUAUUUGCCUCCUAAUGCAGCACCUCAAGCUCCAUCGUUUCGUUCAUCACCAGUGCCUGAUUUCCAACCUCGCCCAGAAUUCCCCAGGCCACCAAUUCCGGGUAGAUUCCCAUUCCCUAAUAGGGUCCCUGCGAUGGGAGAGAUGAAUUACGGGCCCGCUGUCAGAUCGCCAAAUCUUGGUCCUGCUUUUCCUUCAGGGCCAGGCAAUCUGAUGGAAACUCGAGGAAUCUUCCGCUCGCCAAUGAAUCGGGCUGACAUGCUUUUGCCUCCAAUCCAGCAGUUCAAUCGCAAUCUCCCCUUCGGCAGACCUGGGCCUGGUGCUAGAGAGCCUCAAGUUUAUGACCCGUUCUCCCCAACUACGAUGUCCAACAUACCUCAGCGGCAAGGAGAUAACUUGAGCGGUGGGAAGAGACGGGAGAAUGAUCCCGAGUAUGAAGACUUGAUGGCCUCCGUUGGGGUCAAAUAGAAGUGUUUUUCUGGUUGUAGCUAGAAACUAGAUAGGUGAGUUUCACUGAUUUAAUUUCGCAUUCUAAAUUGGAUAUCUGUUGUUCACCGUCUGCUCAAUAUCUUGUAAAAUUAUAUAGGCUCGUGUUUUAAUCAAGGUUCAUGACUUCUUUGCAACCUACACUUGAUCUUUA